UGUAGAAAAAAGAGUGAGAGAAGGAGAGCAGAGGGGAAGGAGAAGGCUGAGAGAAGCACAGUUUUCUGUGUAAAAGCCGGAGAAUGACAGUUUGACUGUGGAAAGAUGAUGUGAGGGAAGAGGUCAACGAAUAUCUGUAUUCCCUUCAACAGUGGUGGAGAGCUCAGCAGAAGCAGCAGGAGGAGGAGCGGCGACCUAUCGGCUCUGGGGUUGGACUGAGCGGGCGUAACCCGGAGAAGACCUGUGAAGCUCCGUGUGUCGCUGAGGCCCCCUUUAUCUUCCCCCACACCCGCUCCCGCCCCACCCAGCUCCCUACCAUGCCCACCCUCCCAGAGGAAGAGGAGGACUCCCCAGAAGAGGUCGACAGCUCCUCUAGCUCGCCCAGCACGUACGUGGCAGGGGAGAGCCAGGCGGUGGUCAUGACGGCACCCACCAUUGUGUUCCCGCAGAAGGCCACGGUGGUGCUGCAGGAGGGUCACCCACUGGACCUGGCCAGACCACACAGUCCACGGAGUCGCUUGUCCAGAACCUCCCUCUCUGGGACGCCCAUUACCACCGUGGACAGCGCCGGCCAGGUGAUCGACCUGGUGAAAGAUGCGCUGCAGGAGCCCCAGCUGUCGGAGGAGGAGCGCCUGAAGAACCUGGAUCUGCUGGAGCAGGCCAAGAAGGUCAGCGACCGCUUCCUCACGCGCCGGGGACGCAGGUCCACCUGCAGCCUGACCGAGGCCCCCACAGGACUUACUCCAAAUCCAACUCCACCACCCUCGCCAUCUAGAGCUGUAGGAGCAGCAGAGGUGAGCUAUGCUGCUACACAGUCAGCCAGUCCGGUGAAGGACCAGCCCAAUGUCCCAACUCAGGAGCAGGAGGGCGCCCGUCUCUUGGUGGACUGGAAGCCGGCGGAGAAGAGAAAGGUGUCCUCUGGCACCCUAACGCCGCGCUACGCCGUCCAGAAGGAGAACUGCGACCCGUCCCUGGCCAAGAAGAGCAUCACCGCUCCCGCCUCUCCAGUGGCUGCCGCCGCUCCGACCGCCGGGGGCCGCCCGGAGGAGGGGACCUCGGGUCCCGGACGGAGCCCCACCCAGGCCCCGGCCACAGGGGUGGCCAAGCCCGUCCCCCGGCUGCCCACGCAGCAGGCGCCGUGCACGGCCGAGAUCAAGACCAUCGGGGCCUUCCCCCCGUUGAUGAGGGCCGUGUCCUGGGACACUGUUGGCACCCUGAACAGCAGGAACGGAGCUCCGCCCCCGGGCCCCGGUCCUGAAGAGGUCUUCACCUUCCCGGAUAAGUCCCGGGACGGCCAGUCCAAGCAGUCGGGGUACAAGGACUUCCCCGCCCAGCCCGUCGCCACACAGAAGCUUUCCAAACUUAGAGAGGAGCACAAGCUACUGCGCAACCAAAGCAUUGUGGGGUCAACGUUACCAGAGUUGAGUGAGACAAGUGAACACGAAAAAGGUCUACCGUCGCCUACCUCUCCAGGCGGGGAGGAUGUGAAGGAGAAGACUGAUUCCAUGCCCAACAUCUCAGACGUGAUGCUGAGGAAACUCAAGCUCCACCGUGGCCUGCCUGGCUGCGCACCCCCCCUCACUGAAAAAGAAGUUGAGAAUGCCUUCGUCCAGCUGUCCCUGGCCUACCGGAACGAUAACUACACCCUGGAGACACGCAUGAAGCAGGCGGAGCGGGAGCGCCACCUCACCGAGGAGAACACGGAGAAGGAGCUGGAGGAGUUCAAAGGAGCUCUGAAGAUGACCUCCCCCCAGUGGCAGAACCUGGAACAGCGGGAGGCGUACCAGCGGCUGAUUGAGACGGUGUCAGUACUGCAUCGCCUGGCCACCAGGCUGUCCAGCCGGGCUGAGAUAGUGGGGGCCGUGCGUCAGGAGAAACGCAUGAACAAGGCCACAGAAGUGAUGAUGCAGUACGUGGAGAACCUGAAGAGGACUUAUGAGAAGGACCAUGCAGAGCUGACGGAGUUCAAGAAGCUGGCCAAUCAGAACUCCAUCCGCUGCUACGGAGGAUCUAUUGACACUGGAGAUGAUGGGGUUCCCCGACCAUCAAGAUCCAUGUCCCUCACACUUGGAAAGGCGCUGCCAAGACGCAGGGUCAGCGUGGCGGUGGUCCCUAAGUUCAACCUCCUCAACAUCCCGGGUCAGACCCCCGCCGGACCCAUCCCCGCACCCUCCUACGGCCCCCCGCCUCCGUCCGCAGGCGCAUCCGGACCCCUCGGUGGGGCCGCUCUCCCUGUCCUGUGUGAGGCGACGGAUUCAAAAGGCAACGCUUCUCCUGUUGAGGCCGGACAGCCAACAGAAAGUGGAAGUAGGGUGUCAGCGCCGGAGGGUGAGCCGGCUGCUCCGGCAAAGCCUGCGGUCAACGUGGAGGAGCUCCGGGCCGAGAUCAGGGCUGAGCUCAAGGCUAAGAUGGAAGAGGAAUACUAUAAUAAAGGAUAUCAAGAGGGACUAAACAAAAGCAAGGAGAGCCAAGAGAUUUGCGAGGAGCCCGAGAAAGUCCAGGCAACCUUGCUGCAGUCUGGGAACAAAGACGAGGAAAGCGGGAAACGCAGCAUGGCAAAGAAGUCCAGCAGCAAGAUGGAGGAGGUUCUUGUUCUUCUCGACCGCUACUGGCCCAAGAUUUCCUGGCGACAUCGACCCUUUUGGAUUGCCCUGACACUGUGCCUGGUGAUCUUUCUGGUGGUCAACGUUUUUACAUACUUAAAUGGAUACAACAACAGCCAUGUGGACUCAGCAGAAAAGGCAUUGGUGCAGGGCAAGAAGAAGAUCUUUGGACUGACCGUGGCAGCACAGCCGAAGAAUCCCACCACAGAAUAAUAACCAGGAGAAACUCAUUCCUUUCAUUCCCCUUGAACCGUCCAAUGAUGGAAGCGUCUUCCAUAUACUCAAAUUAUAGCGGAUGGGAAUCUAGAACUCUUUGUAGGACUUUGUGAUUAAAGGGUGUAGGCUUGGGAGCUUUAAAAAACAAAAAAACAACCAAAAAUAAUAUAUACAUAUAUAUAUUCUUUUUUUUAUACAUAUAUAUAUAUAUAUAUAUAUAUGUAUACAAUUCUUCCCUAUCGCUUACAAUAUAAUUUGGAUCACAAACUUACCAAAUGAAUGCAGUUGGUAAAGGGAUACUCUGUGUUAAGGGACCAAUAACAGAGUACGAUUCGUGCGGUUAUAUAUUUAUUUGCUGUAUCAGAUGGAACUCUGAAUGAUAACCUAUUGGAUUGCUACUUCAAUACCACACUUUAGACAGGAGACAGCAUGUACAUGUCAACUCUUAUAGUGUCCUAAUGUCUAAUCUCUCAGGGCUGGUAGACUAUAAAGUUCUGGAGAGUUGGUUAAAUGGAUAUUUAGAAUAUUUUUCACUGUAAGUAAUAUAAUUCUAUGAGAUAUUUAAGCAGAGAUGUAAGCACAUUCCAGUGUAGUUUUCUUAAAGUGCAAUAUCUUGUUCAUUUCGUGUCGGUCGUUCGAGCACCUACAUUUUUUUCUCUCUCAAUGAGUGCACACACUUAAAAAACUCUUUUUGCACCUGUGUGUCAAACUGUGUUGUAUUUAAUGCUGUACCAGAUCACCUUUUCAAUAAAGGUGCUUGAAAAACGGACUUCCUUUUCAUAGGCUGAUAAUCAAUAUGGUCU